CAUCCAGUAAUAUAAAACCAACCACUUGUCGGCGCAAUAAGGAAGGGCCCACACCGCGGAAAGCAUUCCACGGAGACUUUUCACUUGCUGCUGCUUUUACGUUUUAGGUUUUCACAUUAAACUACCACCAUGUCAGACGCCGAGCAGCAUUAUAUGGAAACCUCCGAAAACGGCCACGAGGACGAUCUGAACGGAGCCGAGCAGUACGAGGAAGGCACCGGGGAUGAGCAGGCCGGAGCGCAGGGAGACGCCGGUGGCGACGACACGGCCGGGGACGAGGAAGACCCUCAAAAUGGUUCGUCGGACGGGGGGCAAAUUGAUGCUAGCAAAGGAGAGGAAGAUGCGGGGAAAAUGUUUGUUGGGGGCCUCAGCUGGGACACGAGUAAAAAGGAUCUUAAAGAUUACUUCUCUAAAUUCGGAGAGGUGACAGACUGCACCAUCAAAAUGGACCCCAACACUGGGCGAUCAAGGGGAUUUGGGUUUAUUCUUUUUAAAGAGUCAGCCAGUGUAGAUAAGGUUUUAGCACAAAAAGAGCACAGACUGGAUGGACGACAGAUUGACCCCAAGAAGGCAAUGGCAAUGAAGAAAGAACCUGCUAAGAAGAUCUUUGUCGGCGGGCUGAACCCCGAAACUACAGAAGAGAGGAUCCGCGAGUAUUUUGGUGCCUUUGGCGAGAUUGAGACUAUUGAACUUCCAAUGGAUCCAAAGACAAAUAAGAGGAGAGGGUUUGUCUUCAUUACCUUCAAGGAAGAAGAGGCUGUCAAGAAAGUUUUGGAAAAGAAAUAUCACAACGUCAGUGGAACCAAGGACACAAGUGGAAAAGAAGGCCUUUGCGAGAUUAAGGUUGCGCAGCCAAAAGAAGUGUACCAGCAGCAGCAGUAUGGAGGUCGUUUUGGAGGGAGAGGAAGGGGGCGUGGAGGCCAGGGUCAGAACUGGAAUCAGGGCUACAAUAACUACUGGAAUCAAGGCUACGGUAACCAGGGAUAUGGCUACGGCGGCCAGCAAGGUUACGGUGGAUACGGAGGCUACGGCAACUACGAUUACACGGGGGGCUACUACGGCUACGGCGGCGGAUAUGACUACAACCAGGGCAAUACAAGCUAUGGAAAAACUCCAAGACGUGGGGCUCACCAGAGUAGCUACAAGCCAUACUGAUCAUGUGUAGUGCAGGUCGUAAAGCUACCGAGCAGGAACCAGCGGUCUGGUCACAGUGAACAUUGGGAUCUUUUACUUUUGGAAGUUGGCAGAAUCUGGACUUCUGCUUCAUUUUGUACAGAAAACAUAAGGAAAUGGGGGGCGCAAAUGUCACUUCACAUUUGUUUUAAUUUUUUUUUUUUUUCCAUUGUCCUUUUUACAUUUCCAGAGAUGGAAGUGUUAUUUUUUUACUGUACUUUUUGGUACCUUUUUGAAUCUAUUGUAUUGUAUGGUUGUAUUUUACAUCAUGGCUGUGUCUACCACAUCUAGGCUCAGAGCCCUCAAAAUGCUUUCAAAAUAAACAGUUUUGGUU